AUGGACACCAGCAACAAGAAAGGGUUCUCCAUCUUCCAUGGAUUCUUGAUGAUGUUCCUCUCUCUCCAAUUGCAGGAGGUUUGUUCUGAUAGAAUCUUCACCAAUCAAUCUCUUUCAGGAUACCAGACCAUUGUUUCUAGUGGUUAUGUUUACGAACUUGACCUCUUCACACCAGAACCAGAAGAUUGGGUGGCCAGUCUUCUACGUGAUAACGAUUAUGUAGCUAUGGGAGAUGGGCUUACUUCAACAUCUACCAAGUUGUGGCAGAGUUUUGAUGUUCCACAAUGUCUCAUCUCGUGGAAUAGCAUCAAAGAUCCAUCCCCGGGUCACUACUCUCUCAAGGUUGACCAUAUAACAAGAAACACUCUCAUCGUCAUGGUUUCAAAUGGAUCUAAAUCAUGUUGGUCGAGUGGCCCGUGCUAUGUAUCCGACCAAAGAUGUAUGGUUUAUAGUUACGGGGGGUCGUUUAGGUUAUGUAAUGGGAAAACAUCGCAGGUCUCUUGUGAAUGCAUUCCUAAUUUCGCACGAGACAGGAAUUUUCCUCUUCAGAACAUACAGAUAAAGUCAGAACGUAGCAUAUUUUGUAUAUAUGUCAAGUCAUGGUCAUACAAGCUCAUGAAUAAUCAGUCACAAAUGCGUCUAGAGAAUAAAGGAGCAACAAAACAUUACAAAACCGCAACCAUUGUACUAGCCAGUGUACUAACAUCAGUAGCUGCCGCUGCAUUUCUUGUUGGUUCGUGUUGUUACUUUUCAUCUCGGCGCAGAACAAGAGCACAAAAAGCUGAAGCGGAUACUACUGAAACAGAGGAUGGUGAUGGAGAAGGGAUGUGUGACCUAAGUCUACAUACAAUAAUAAGAGCAACCAGUGGUUUCUCUGAGGACUGCAAGAUCGGGGAAGGUGGUUUUGGUCCAGUCUAUAAGGCAAAGCUACCAAAUGGAGUGGAUGUGGCAAUCAAAAGGCUUUCAAAAAGGUCAAACCAAGGUCUGAACGAGUUCAAGAACGAAGUGGAUUUGGUCAACAGACUUCAACAUAGGAACCUAGUGAGACUUUUAGGACACUGCGUGGAAGAAGACGAGAAACUCCUUAUAUACGAGUACAUGUCUAAUAAGAGCCUUGAUGGUUUCCUCUUUGAUUCAAUUAAGAGUAGGGAAUUGGAUUGGAAGAAACGUAUGAAUAUAAUAAAUGGGACAACAAGAGGACUUCAAUAUCUGCAUGAAGACUCACAUCUCAAGAUAAUCCAUCGAGAUCUUAAGUCAAGCAACAUCCUUCUUGACGAUGAGAUGAAUCCUAAAAUCUCAGAUUUUGGAACUGCUAGGAUUUUCGAUUGCAAACAGAUCGAUGACAAUACCCAAAGGAUCAUUGGAACAUAUGGCUAUAUGUCACCGGAAUAUGGCUGGGGCGGAAUAAUUUCAGAAAAAUCUGAUAUAUAUAGCUUUGGAGUUCUGUUAUUGGAGAUUAUAUCAGGCAAAAAGGCGAACAAGUUUGUUCAUAACGAUCACAACAGUCUCAUUAAUUAUGCAUGGCAAUCUUGGUGUGACACAAAGGGUGUUAGCAUUGUAGAUGAAGCAUUAGGUGAUUCAUAUUCUUCAAAAGAAGCAAUGCGAUGCACUCACAUUGCACUUCUUUGUGUUCAAGACCAUCCUAAGGACAGACCCACAAUUUCACAAAUCGGUUAUAUGUUCAACAACGACUACCAUCUCCAGUAUCCAAAACAGCCAACCUUCACAAAUGCGUUGAACAAGGACCAGCGGUUAAUGUCUCACUGUGCGUUCUCGAUGAACGAAGCGACUCAGACAACAAUGGAAGGACGAUGAGCAAUAAAUUAAACCAGGUCAAACCCAAAACAUAUAUUAGUGAUAUGUGCUCAUCUUCAGGCAUUGGACUCUUGUGGUUCUUGUUUCACUGAAAAAGUGAUCUUCACAAAAUUUAACAUGUCACAGAUAUUUUUUCCCUAUUAUGUUUCUUGUUUGACUCUCAUUUUUAUUAUAAUUUUAACAUAUACUAUGAAAAUAAAUU